AUGAAGAUUGCCCUGUAUCUGAUUGGUGCUGCUUGGAUGGUUUAUGUUAUAGUGGAUGCUGGUAAAGGAAAAGCCCGUAAGUCGGUGUAAUUCUUAGUUUAUAAGCAUCAUGUUCAAUUUGUUUUCAAAAGUAAUCCUUUACUGCAUUAAUUUUUUCUUCGAUACUCUCUUCAGUUAGUCUGGAAAAGUCGCACCACCUUAAACCAAUCGACCCUUAGUUUUGCACCUCUUUUCGCAUUGGGAAGGGCACGACACAUGUACUUCCAACAUUAACAGUAUCUCAAGAAUCAAAAGGGAUAACUUGAAAUCUCACAUUGCCUUAUCUCUCUGUAAAAUUCGCGCCUCCCGCAUUAAUUUUGGGCCUAAUCACGUGUCACGCAUGAACCUUUUGCUACCCUCUUCGAGCAGUUUGUGUUAUUACUUUAAGAUAUUAGUAACCUUGGUAAAUUUCAACAGUUAAAUUGGUCAGCCGUUUAGUAAAGCGUUCCGUUCUUUUCAAGUGGUCCCUUUACGAUGAUUACGAAAACUGGUAUCUUCUCGUUCAAAAUCAUUCAACAUUCUCGCUUUUUCUUCAGUCCUUACCCAGCAAAACUUGUUUUGACUAUUUGUAACAGUGAUAAAGAGGCCAUGUGAAAUUGUUUUUUUUUUACUUUCAAGAUAAUAACAAAGGAAGUCACAAGUCAAGUAAGUAUUUCCUUACAGACCAAAAUACCUUCCCUCCAAGAUUGAAAUUCCUAAUUUCUUGAUUAUUUGAUUCCCUUCACGAUGAGUACAAAAACUGGUAUCAUCUCGUCAAAAAUAAUUUGACAUUCCCGCUUUUUCUUCAGUACUUACCCAGCAAAACGUGUCUUGACUACUUUUAACAGUUAUAAAGAGGUCAUAUAAAACUUUCAUAUCAUUUCUUUUUUUUUUGCUUUCAAGGUCAUGACGAAGGUCACAAACUACGUAAGUUUUUCCAUGCAGACCAAAAUAUUUUCCCUCUAAGAUUUAAUUUUCUAUUUUCUUUUAAUUUUACCUCUGUUAUAGUAUAGUGCGAGGAAAAGGGUAUUGUAUAACGACAUCUCCAUCAGUUAAAAAACACAAUUUAUACAGAAACAAAAACACGGACUAAACUCUGUCUUUGCCCCAGAUCGUGAUGAUAUUUAAAAGGUCAGAAAGUCGUUGCUUUAUGGUAUGAGAUUCGGACUCUUCUAACAGAUUGUGCUUGGUGCAUUUAGGCAGUCUGUACCUAAUCUCAAGGGCGACUAAUUGUUGAAUAAGGAACCAGCCAUUUAUUAAUAACCUGGCGGAGAGAUCCCAUGGUUUGCAGGGGGGGGUGGAGGGGAAAUCAGUCGUCUCUAAUAUAGUAUAGAAAAAUGACUGCCAAUUGGCUGCCAACGAGGGAAAAGGAUCAUGAGUGUAUUACAGAGUGUUAUAAAGGGAUAAAGUAAAAUUCCACCGUGACACAACCAAUAAUGACCUUUCCCUUUGUUCAAAUCUCUUCUCUUCCUUCAGCUUGUACGGCCGACGAAAUUAAAGCAACAAUGUGUUUGAAUGGAACGUGUUUCGCCUUGGAGCCUGGCCCGGGAAGCAGGUCCAUAGGUUGUCAUUGUGAAGAAGGAUUUACAGGUUCCAGAUGCCAGUAUCAAUCAGUAGACCCGGACCUCCUGGAGACAGAACCUGGAAAUUAACAAUCUCUCCUGGAGAUUAAAAAAAAAAAUUCUUGAACAACUCCGCAGAUUUAGUACUAGCGAGUUGAAAAGGAAUGUGAAAUUGUGAAAAAUUUGGGCGAAAACUGAAAUAAAUCUGAUGGCAU